GGCUAAUUUUGACAGGAGUCAGUGUGAACCCUAAUUUUCAGUCAAGAAUUAUCUUCGGCGAAAUCUAACCUUUCCGAAUUUGUUAAAUAUAUCCGAUACGAUGUCUGCUAUUCCAAUUGAAGUACCCAUGCAGCCGUAUUGUGGCCAGCUGCUCAUCAUCAAGGAUCUCAUUUUGCCGGACGCAGCUACGCAGGAUUCGGGCAAGUCCAACAACUUGGUUAAAAAGAAGACACGGCCAUCGUUCUUCGAGCGCAGUAGCAUCCUCAAGAAGAUAGUGAAGCAAAUGAAUCAGAUCAACCAGGCUAAUGAAAUCCGCUUGGUGGACUUUGAACCCCUUUUGGAUGCCUUUCUCUCCGCCCUGGAAACCUACAUGAAAUUCGUGGUGAAGAAGGCUAUAGAGUUGUGCGAACAUCGGUCGGGAUAUCAUCUCUAUAACGAUGAUCGCUGCGUGAUGAAGAACGAUAUGCGGGCCACGAUGGUGUUCCUCAACAACCUGGAGAUGGCCGACUAUGGGUCAUCGGAUGAGGAUUCCGGAUUUAAUCGCAAGCGCCGAGCGGAGAACGAUGAAAAGGGGAAGAAGUGUAUUCGUUUGGAGACGCUGAAUAGCACCGCAAUGAUGGCCCUCGGAAGUCGGAAGCGCCCGGCGGAGGAUGCCGCUACUCCAGCUGGAGCUGCUCCUAGCAUUUCCACUACAGCUCCACCAAACCCCCAAGUCCAGCGUCCGUUUGCCUUGAGAAUCAAGCAUCUGAACAUCAGGGAUGUGCUGCAGUUCAUGGAGGAGGACAGGCGCUAUCACCGAUCGAAUAUGUUAUUUGAGGCAUACUUAAAAUACAAGGCUUAG